GUUGCCUAGGCAAUGUUCGGGGCGUUUGUUAGUUGGAUCAAUGACUCACAUCAGGCACAGCAAGUGCUUCACGCGUGAACAGGGAUUCACAACGGUCGUCAGGUGGCAGUUGUGUGCUGGUCUCAUACGAGGGACCACCCGAGUCACUUGGCCGUUGCUGAGUUGUGUGCGUGAGAGAAAUCCGUUGCUGCUCGAAUCCACUUGACAUGGACUACACGGCUUUGCAGGACGAGGAGGAACAGCGAGUCUUGCGAGAAAUUGAAGAGGAACGCAAGCUGAGAUCUUCAUUGCAAUGGACCAUCGAAGAUCUGGAGAGAGCCAUGGUGCCGCUGGAGGAUCAAAUACGUAGGGCUGCCGAAGAGAGGAGUGAAGGAAACGAAUGGACAGUUCGCUACAAAGCUCAAAAGGAGUUGAACGAAUUAUUGGAAAAGCAGUUCGAGUGGUUGCGAGACGAAUACACUAGGAAGCAGGAAUUAUUGUCGGAAGGUACAUUGGAUGCCCGAAAUCUUGAUCUGGCACGGUUCACUGAGUAUGAUUUGGCACGUUUGAAGUCUGAACUGGAGCGUGAGAGAAACCACAUGCGUGGACUUCUACGAGAUUCGGAAUGGAAACUCGACCAACGUUCCAAGGAAGUUUUUCACCUGAAUGACCGCAAAAAGGCAUACCAAGCCCAGUCACUGCAACUGGAUUGGCAGCUGGAGAAAAUCCGGGGUGCGGUUUCUGAGAUCCCAAUAGUUCGGACUCCAGAUGCAACAUUAUCAAGACGAUCACACCGUGUUAGCCGAAGUCAGUCUCCAAGCUCUUCCCGGAGAUCUCCGCCACCGAUUGAAAAUACUGAGUAA